UUCCUCUCAGAAAUUGAAAUAACAGCCGUUCUUCCAUUUCGUCACUCUCUAAACCCUAAAACCCUAACACUCUCUUUCGGCUUCAACCAGACCAAAAUCAACAAUGGCGUUACGCAGCAAGCUCCGAUCAUCGCCGCUUCUCCACCGCGCCCGUCGCUUCUCCACCUCGAUCCUGAGCCCAGACUCCAAAACCCCCCUCACCAGCAAAGAGAAAUCGCGCGCCGCUCUCUCCCUCCUCCGCUUUGAGAGCAAUCCAGAGCGCGUCCUCGACAUUUGCCGCGCCGCCGCCCUCACCCCCGACACGCACCUCGACCGCGUCGCCUACUCCCUGGCCAUCAACAAGCUCAAAAAAUCGCACUACUACGAAGGUAUCCGCUCCUUCAUCAACGAUUGCCUAGCCCGCCCCGAUCUCAAAUCGGAGCGCUCUAUUUCUCAUUUCAUCGUUCUCUACGGCCAAUCUGGCCUUGUCAAGGACGCAAUCAAGCUGUUCGACGAAAUCCCUCAGCACGGCGUCGAGCAUACCGUGAAAUCUCUGAACGCGCUGCUGAUGUCGUGUAUCAUGGCCAGAGAAUAUGGCGAGAUGAAGAGGAUUUUCUCGGAAUUUCCUGCUAAGUAUUCGGUUGAGCCGGAUUUGGACACGUUUAACACUGUUUUGAAAGGCUUCUGCGAGUCUGGCAGCUCGAAUUCAGCUUACUCUGUUCUGGCGGAGAUGGAGAGGAAGGGGAUUCAGCCUAACGCCACCACAUUUUCCGUUGUGGUUGCUGGUUUCUACAAGGAGGAGAAGCUGAGCGACCUGGAGAAGCUUACGGAGGUGAUGAAGAAGUUUGGGGUUAAGCACGGGCUCGGCGUCUACAAUGCUAAGAUUCAGAGCUUGUGUAAGCUCAAAAAAUCGGAUGAGGCGAAGAAAUUGUUGGAGGAGCUUGUGGAAAAGAAGAUUAAACCAAAUUGUAUGACAUAUGGCCAUUUAAUUUACGGAUUUUGCAAAGAGGAGAAAUUGGAGGAGGCCAAGGCUUUGUUCAAGGAGAUGGUCGAUCGGAAAUUGAAGCCGGGGUCGGAGACUUACUUCUAUUUGGCACAGUAUUUAUGCAAAGGGAAGGAUUUUGAUGCGGCAUUGGACAUUUUUAAGGAAUGCAUUGCUAAAGGGUGGGUUCCUCGCAUUGCAACAACGGAGUUGCUUGUGAAUGGUUUGAUCAGCAUUGGGAAGGUAGAGGAGGCAAAGGAGAUCAUUGGGACGAUGAAGGAGAAGUUCUCGAGGCAUGCUGAUAAGUGGACUGAGGUUGAGGAAGGGUUAGCUAAGUAGAGAGCAAGAAGCAUGGUUGCAGAUACGUUUUUCUGUUAACUCGUAUCAUUUGAUCUCAGCAAUAAGCUUAAUUAGAUGAAUUUUAGUUGUCUGAGAUGAUUGUUUUAUGCAAGUUCUGCAACUACCUUUUCUAUUGAAUCUGACUUGAUAUUUUGGCCGUUCCUUAAUGUUUUGUUUAAUAAAUUUGCUUGUGUU